UUUUUUUUUCCAAAUUAAAAACGAAUGACUAACAAAGUUCAGCUCUCAUUUUAGCAUCAGAUUUGGACUAUAAUCUUGUGCCUUAUGGCUUGCUCCAUGCUGCUAGUACAAGGUGCUACUGAACCAGUUGGUCAGACUGGUUCUUUGUGCACCUGUUGCUGGCACUGAUGAUGACCAGUGGGAUGAUCAGGUAUGUUGUGGAGUUGUUGUUACACUCUAGUUUCUACAUACAACACUCAAGUUGUAUGUAAAGACCUCAGGAAGGACUACAGGAAAAAGAGUUAUUUGUGCCCUUUUGUGAAAACUGUGCAAAGGUACAAGUUUCAGGGUUCACACCUGUUCUUUGAAGAGAGAUCCACAGCUUUGCCCAUGGCUUGAGCACCUUCUUGUUUUGGUUUCCAAACUCCCGUGGGCCUUGUUUCGUAAUUUUCCAAAGCUCAAUUCCAACUAAAAAAAUUAAAUCCUGCAAUCUAAAAGCUUGCACUAGAAUUCUGGGCAAAAAAUUAAUGAGAUUUGCAGCUCUUUGAAUGAUCUUGGUAUAGGAGCCAAGCAUUGAGAGAGGCAUAGAACAGUUUACACUAUGUUGCCUUCAAGCUUUCUGACCCAAUCAGUUCCUGCUCCUUCUGCUGUGUUUGUCCAGGUGUGUUCUUAAUUCCUUGCUUGGUUUUGGUGCAGUGGACAAAUCUGCUGUCAAAGCAGCAGAAAGAGGGUGCAGCAAUCUACUUUCCCAUUAUGGAAAGAUUCUUUCAAGGGAUUCCAUUAUGUUAUAGAUGGUAGUCAGGUUGCAGAAACAUUUUGGCCUUGCAGAUUUUUAUGAACCCUGCGUGGACUAUGAAAUAUCCUUAAUGCGAAGAUAUACUUUACUAUCAGAACACAAGGAAAAAAAAUCUUAUUGUCUUUGAAAAUGCUACACAUUAGUUAGAGUGUGUGCACGUGUGUGCAAGAGGAAAACUGGAAAUGUCGGUAAUUAGAAGCAUGAAGUUUGUGAUUGGAAAGAAAGCAACAAUGGGGGAGGUCUGGGGCUUGUAUGAAGUUGGUGACAAGUGUCUAGAAGAGAAUGAGGAAUGAUUCAGUUGCUUUGAUGAAUUAUUCUACACUACAGGCUCUCUUAACAGCUGUGAUUCUUCAAAGAAAGUGAUGACUUUCUCCUCUCUGCACAGCCUCCUGUCAAAGUACUCUGCAGACAUCAGUGCUUCUCUGGUACUCCUCUCAUACAGAUCAUCGAUACUACUGCCUUUUGUUUUCUUCAAAGAUAUUAAAACACUAGAGUGAUUUCCAAGGUCCUUGUUCUCACUCUGAACCAUAGACAAUGUCAUCCAUUAAUCACAGGUGUGACCUUUACUAAGUCUUCUAUUCUUCCUUUUCAAAUUUUGAUUCAAGUCAUCUGUGGAGAAAAGGUAUCUCUAUGGUUUUACAUUGUUAGUAUGCACUAUGUCCUUCGCUCCAGCUGACGCAUGCUUUCAGGAGGGAUAGAUCCCUUACUCCCCAAGGUCUCUUGGCUCAGCACUUCUACACAAAGGCCUUCUUGGAGUCCAUUUAGAGAAAGAAACUGAAGAACUAGAAACUCUACACAACCAUACUUUGCUUUCUCUAUUGCAGAGACUUUGUCUGGGUUUGUGACACCUGUGCAGCUGUCAGUCACUGCCUUUGAUGCAGAUCCUUCAAAUGUAUGUUCCUGUGACCAAAAGCCAGGUCUGCCAAAGCUAAACAAGGAAUACAGAGCGCACCUGAGCAAACACGGUAGCAGGAGCAUGGUGGGACAGGGUCAGAGAGAUCUCCCCAGUGCUGGCCUCAGUGGGUGCAGCUCCUGUCAGAAGUCUUCCAGAAUCUGGACCUCUCUGGGUAUGAUUACUGAUAGAUCUGGCUCAUGCUUUAUGUAGGAAAAUUGUUUUUUAGACAAAAAAUUUGUAAGUUUGCCUGUCAGGCUCUUUUCAGUGGUGCUGAGCAAUAGGAUAAGAGGCAAUGGACAGAAAGUGAUGCACAGGAAGUUCACCUGAAGACAAAGGAAAAAAAUUCUUUACUGUGUGGGUGACCACGCACUGGAACAGAUUGCCCAGAGAGGCUGUGGAGUCUCCCUCACUGGAGAUAUCUGAGAACUGUCUGGAUGAAAUCCUGUGCAAUGUGCUCUCAAAUAACCCUGCUUGAGCAGAGAGGUUGGACCAGAUGACCCCCACUUGUGAUCCCUUCCAAACUUACCUAUUCUGUGAUUCUCUGACUCUGUGAUUGUUGUUCUCAGUAAUGUGACCUCUUUCUGACUGAUUUAGACGAACCCAAAGCUGAUUUCUGUAAUCAGUUGGGAUAUCUGGCCUCUGGCUAGUUAUCUCAAUCAGGUAAGCAGUGAAAUAUUCACUUGAGACAAACGCAAUACUAGCUAGCACUAACAGCCCCUGUGCAUAGUGGCAUGGUGACAGGGGUAAAACAGAGGUCAGUCUUCCCAACCUCAUCUGGAAAAAGAGUAUGGAGAACAUUGGAAACAGGGAUCCCAAGCUGGCUGAAAAUUUCUGUGCAUCCUGUAGUCUACUUUUGUCAGACAAAGAGAUCCCAACAGCUUGAGUAACACCAUGUUGGGACUCAGAUAUGGAAGUCUUAGGCUGCGUCAGUGCUAUUAAACAGCACUGGGAAAUAUUUCCAUGCACAAAACUGUAGCUGUCUGUAUUAUUAGGACAGUACCUGGUACAUUUCAGCCUGUGCUAACACUAUCUCUCACAAGUCUCAGAUGUAGUUUGUGAGUUAAUGCAAUCUAUGUACUGCUCACAACAGGCAUUUUACAUGGUGACCAUGCUUUUCUGGGGGCCAGGCUGGUUAAACAGCCCAGUUGUCUGUGCUCUAUACAGGUUGCCAUCAGUGCUGGAAAGUUUCCCACAUGUUUAAUUUGUGAGUUUAACCCAACCCUCAGGUUCCAAAACAGAACCAAAAGGCUGUCUGCCCCAGACCUUUCAGACCCAGACAUGAACAAUGAAGAACUGGAAGCAGUUCCUGAGGACUCCUCCUUGCAGAUGGUGUCAUGACUAAUGGGUGUUGCAGGGCACUGGUAAAGACCUCUGUGGGCCAGUAUUUAUUUCCAUUUUCCUCAUUGUAUGAAGGGAAGGAAAAGGCAAAAUCAUUAGCUCAUUAGUGGUUGCUGGCUGGUGGUAGUGUUUCUACAGUGCUUCCUUACACACAUGCAAGGAUUUGCUGCCAUUCUCAAGCCAAACCUAAGGAGAUCCAUAUCCCCAUAAUCUGAUCCAGAGCUACUGAGCUCUGUCCCAAAUGACAACACUGCCUGCUGUGUGCAGGGUGAGCUCUUGCUGCAAGCUGCACAGCAGCAAUCCAUCUUCAGCUGAAACAAAGGGAUGCAAGUGACAAGUGAACAGGACCUGGCCUGGGUCACUGAUCAGCAAAGUUCUCACUGUUUUUUUUACCAUGAGAAGUCUGUUUGGUCAGGUGCCUCCAUGGCAACCUUGCAGGAGAGGAUGUUCUGAACUUGUGAAUGAGGGCCAAAGUGGCUGCUAUUGCCUAAGGGGCACUUGGCACAGUGCACCUUAUCGCUUACCACUGCCUGUGCGCAGUCCCAGGAGAGAGGGAGAGGUGGGGAGAGGCUGGCUCCUCCCCCCAUCCCACCUCUUCAUUUAGGCUGUCCUAGAAGAAAUUACACCCCCCCCCAAAUUAGUCUCAGUGAUUUCACAGGAAGAGACCCAUUGGGCAGCAGGAGUCCCCAGGAUGAGGAUAGCCAUCCUCCUGAGCUUUCUGUUCCAUGCUGCAGCUGCUUUUCACCAACUGUGAGUGAUGCUGAACUCCUGUUUCAGUCUUUCAUGAAGGCAUCAGUCUAGGUAGAUGGAGCAUGUCCCAUGCUGUCAGUUCUUGUGCUUCCUGCUCUAUCAGAUCACCCCAAAGGGUAGCUGAGUCAUUUGCCUUGCCUCUCAUGCUUUAGAUUAACUCCUACAUGUCAAUGCAAGCCAGCUUUUUGGGGGACUUCCAAGUCAGACCUUAGGCCCAGGGACUUCUAAAGACUGCAUGGGAUGCUUUUUGGGAGUUCAGGACGUUACUGGAGUAAGAGGUUUGAAAACGGUUAUAGGGCUAUACUUAAGCUAAUCAUUCCUGAGAUUAGCUCAGCUGGUUAGAGCAUGGUGCUGAUAACACCAAGGUUGUGGGUUUGAUUCCUGUAUGGACCAUUCACUUAUGGGUUGGACUUGAUGAUCUUUGUGGGUCCCUUCCAACUCAGAAUAUUCUGUGAAAGCAGAAACUGUUUCUCAAGUUUUAGUGAUGCAAUCACUUUGCCGCAUUCACCGUGGCACAUUGGUGAGGAAUUCUGCAGUAGUGGGCCACAGCAUGGAAGAUUUUUUGCAUUUCUUGAGCCUUCAAACUGAUGCCACCUCUGAUAUCUUCCCCUGACCCAGACAUUACUUGGUGGUAAUCCCUGCAGCUCUCCGCUACCCGUCCACCCAAGUUGCCUGCCUCCAUAUCACCUGUCAUGAAGCAAAGCUUCAAGUGAACCUGGUCUUGGAGCACUCUGCAGGACGUGAGCUCUUAAUGCAAGAAACCAUCCAGAAGAAGAAGACCUUCCUGUGCACUAAGUUCUGGGUUGCACCUCCAGCUGAUGGCACAGAGGAAAUUGCCACUGUCAAACUGACCAUCACAGGCGAAGGGGUCAAUAUUGAGGAGAAGAAAAAGGUCCUGAUCUGCAAGACCAGGAGUGGCACCAUCAUCCAAACAGACAAGCCCAUCUAUCAGCCAGGGCAGACAGUGAAAUUCCGCAUUGUGACUCUGGAUGAGGAAUUCGUCGCACUGAAUGAUUCGAUUUCUUUGUUUCUCCAGGACCCUAAGAACAACCAGAUAGAGCAGUGGCUGAAUGUGGUCCCUCAAGAUGGCAUUGCAGAUCUGUCUUUCCAGCUGAGUGAUGAGCCUCUGCUGGGAACAUACGUCAUCAACGUAACCAGCGCAAAAGCAUAUGGCAGCUUCUCUGUUAAGGAGUAUGUGCUGCCAAAAUUCGAAGUGAUCUUUGAGGCACCAAAUCAGAUUUAUGCCCUAGAUACAACCUUCCCGCUCCGGAUAUGUGGCAGAUACACCCAUGGGAAAAGCAUCCAGGGAAUAGUUCAUGUGAACCUUUGUCAGAAGAUAGCCCCAUUCCUGCCCAGUGCUUCCAAACCCGAUCUCUGCCACAAAUUCAACAACCAGACAGAUGAGGCAGGUUGCUUCUUCACAAAUGUGAGUCUGUCCUCCUUCAGUCGAGACUUUCGGUAUUAUCAGGACAGCAUAGUUGCAGAGGCCUCGCUGGUGGAGGAUGCCACAGAGAUACAAGUCAAUGCUUCCCGCAAAUUACUCAUCUCCAGGAUUGGUGGGAUGGCCUUGUUUGAUGAUGUGAAUUCUUACUACCACACUGGAGAGAUGUACAGGGGGAAGAUUAAAGUCCUUGACUACCGAGGCAAGGCAUUGAAGCACAAAGAAGUCCUCCUUGUACUAAACAGCGGUGAGCGGCAAUUUAAGGAGAAGUACAUUACUGGAGACUCUGGGACAGCUUCAUUUAGCCUGGACACAACUGCUUGGAACAGCACCUUGGUCUCCAUGGAGGCAAGUGUCCUGCACCAAGAUUUGGAUAGAGAGCCUGGGACAAUUGAUUUGAGUUACCAGCGAGCCUCUUAUUUCAUACGUCCAUUCUACAGCACCAGCAGGAGUUUCCUCUCUAUUGUCCGUGUGCCAGAAACAAUGCCCUGUGGCACAAAGGAGUCUGUCCAGGUGGACUUCAGAAUUUAUGAGGAAGACCUGGAACAUGGGCCCAAGCGUGUCAUUUUCUCCUACUUUGUCACAGGGAAAGGAGGGAUAGUCCAUGCAGGUCAGAAGACUAUUUGGGUUGGGCUUCCAAGAAUGCUGGAAGGCUUCUUCUCCAUCCCUCUUACCUUCAGCUUGACCUAUGCCCCAGCUCCGAGACUAGUUGUUUAUGUUAUCUUCCCUAAUGGAAAAAUCAUUGCUGAUUCUGCCACCUUCAGUGUCUCCACGUGUUUCAGAAAUAAGGUGGAGCUCGGUUUCUCAAAGCCAGAGACUCUUCCUGGUUCACAGGUUGGUCUCCACCUGCUGGCAGCUCCUGGAUCCAUGUGUGCUGUCUGGGCUGUGGAUCGAAGCACCCUUUUGAUUAAGCCAGGAAGAGAACUCAGCAGCCACUCGAUCUAUGGGUUGUUCCCAUCUGUUUAUAACUCCAGGUAUCCUCACCAAGUGUCUGAAGAUGAUCGUUCAUGUGGGUUCCCAAAUGCUGAUGAGCCUGAUGUGUUUACAGCAUUCAGGGAAAUGGGGUUGAAAAUUAUGUCCAACACCAAUAUCAGGAAACCCAGAGUGUGUCCAACCACAUCACUGACAACUAAGCUGCAGAAAACAGGAGUGUUUAUUUCUAGGCCCAUGCUGAUGUUUGCCCAGCCCCGUAAAGCAUAUAAUAAACAUCUGACAUCAACCUAUCAGCCCAUUAUGUUUCCACCUGUUUCUUCAGCUGAAGAGAAAGUACACAAGCCUUUUCCCCAGACCUGGCUAUGGGAUUUGUAUUCUGUGGGUCCCAGUGGGAACAAGAAUGUCACUGUCACUGUGCCUGACACCAUCACUGAAUGGAAAGCAGGAAUGUUCUGCACAGGACAUAAUGGCUUUGGAUUUGCUUCAGCCUCCAGUCUGCUUGUUUUCAAGCCCUUUCUUGUGGAGCUGCCACUGCCAUCUUCUGUGGUCCAGGGUGAGACCUUCAACUUGAAGGCCACAGUCUUCAACAACUUGCAGCAAUGCAUGAAGAUCCAAAUGACCCUGGAGGAGUUUGCACGCUUCCAGCUGAAGCCAUGCAAGGGCUGUGUCUACAGCAGCUGCCUGUGUGCUGGUGAAGCCAAGACCUUUCAGUGGAGUGUCACAGCUGACCAACUGGGGAUCACGAACAUCACCCUCCACACAGAGGCUGUGGCCACCAAAGAGCUCUGUGGUGAAGAGAUACCAUUUGUCCCAAAAGAAGGACAGAAAGACACAAUUGUCAAACUCAUUCAAGUUCGGCCAGAGGGAGUUUUGGUAGAAAAGGCUCACAGCUCCAUCCUGUGUCCCAAAAAAGGGAAUCCAGCACAGGAGUCUGUGUCACUGAUGUUGCCUCUAAAUGUGGUUGAAGGUUCAGUCAGAGCCACCAUCUUAGUCACUGGGGACCUCAUGGGGACAGCACUGCAGAACCUGGACAACCUGGUGCAGAUGCCCCAUGGCUGUGGGGAGCAGAACAUGGUGCUGUUUGCCCCUAUUGUCUAUAUGCUGCAGUACCUGGAGAAGACCAGGCAGCUGACCCCUGAGAUCAGAGAGAGGGCAACAAGAUUCCUGCGCAAUGGCAAGUACAAGAGAUCCACCUUGCUCCUCUGGCUUCCCGUGUCCAGUAGUCUCAGAUGCCUACUCUCCUUCCAUCUGAAGCACUCAAACACCCCAUUCCAUUCACAUGAUUUGAUUGCAAAUACCAUUCUGAGCACUAAUGCCCUAUCCUAUUUUCCAGGGUAUCAGAUACAGCUGCAGUAUCAGCACCCUGAUGGCUCCUACAGUGAAUUUGGUACCAAGGAUGAGUAUGGUAAUACUUGGCUGACUGCAUUUGUGGUUAAAUGCUUUGUCCAAGCCAAGCCAUACAUUUUCCUGGACAAGAGGACCAUAGAAGCUGCUCUGACCUGGCUGGAGUUCCACCAGCUUCCCAGUGGUUGCUUCAGAAAUGUGGGCCAACUUGUUCACGCAUUCAUGAAGGGAGGUGUAGAUGGGGAAGUCCCCUUGACUGCCUACAUCACUGCUGCAUACUUGGAGGCAGGAGCAACACCAGAGAGCACAGUGGUGCGCAAGGCUCUGGGCUGUAUCCUUCCUUCCCUCCCCAAAGCUGCCAGCACUCACACCCAGGCCCUGCUGGCCUACACCUUUGCCCUGGCUAAGGACUCUCAACGAACCCAAGAGCUACUUGACAUGCUUGAUCAAAAGGCAAUCAGAGCAGAUGGGCAGAUCCACUGGAGUCAGACGUCAUCCAAGUACAGACACAGCACCAGCCCUUGGUCACAGCCAGUGUCUGUGGAUGUGGAGCUGACAGCUUACAUCCUCCUAGCCCUGCUCUCCAAGCCAAAUAUCACCGGGUCUGAUCUCACCAUGGCCUCUGGCAUCGUGGCCUGGCUCACCAGGCAGCAGAAUGCCUAUGGAGGGUUUGCCUCAACACAGGACACAGUAGUCGCCUUGCAGGCCUUGGCUAAGUAUGCAGCGCUGACAUACAGCACACAAGGGGUUGCAGAAGUGAGGGUGAGGUCCCAUGGAGGCUUUGGGAGGAAGUUCCAAGUCUCCUAUCAGAACCGGCUCUUGGUGCAGGAGGCAGCACUGACAGAGGUCCCGGGCGAGUUCUUGGUGCAGGCCCAUGGCAGCUGUUGUGUCUUUACUCGGAUGGUGCUGAGGUACAACACACCCUCCCCACAAGACUCAACAUCCUUUGCCUUGCAAGUGAAAACUGAGCCACUCAAUUGCACCGAGGAGAAUGCACGCUCUGUUACUGUCUCUGUCAAUGUCAGGUACAAUGGGAAGAAAUCCACUUCCAACAUGGUGAUUUUGGAGGUGUCACUGCCGACUGGAUUUGUCCUGGCUCCAGGAUCUGGGACGUCUCUGCAGCAUUGGCACUCUGUGAGAAGAACUGAGAAAACACAAGAAGGUGUUGCUGUCUACUUGGACAAGUUGACCCAUGUCUUUGACACAUACAUUCUGCAUCUGGAGCAGGAGAUUGAGGUGACCAACCUGAAGCCAGGCCAUGUCAGGGUCUAUGACUACUACAGCCCAGAGGAGCAGGCCCUGGCUGACUAUAAUAUCUUCUGCAUCUGAGGGAUCCAACUAGUGCAAGAUACCUGAGGGCAACAGGGCUGCUGCAUUAUUGCUUCUGGUAUCACAGGACAUGCAUCACCUGGAAAGUGACAUCUCAGUGGGCUUGGGAUAUUGGUGCUGGGACACAUCUCAAGUUGGAUUUCAGGACUAACUCCAGCCCAACCUAUGCUGCUCAUCCUGACAGCCAUUACCUGGUGAAUUCUUUGGGGUGUCUGAUUAAUUCUGAUUGUUUUAAUCCAGGGAUUUUCUUGCUUGUAAAAAGAAUGAAAGUAAAAUAUAAAUCACAAA